CGGUUUUUUUUACUCGAGUUCGAUGAAUGAGUCUCGAGCAGACCCAUCACGAGUUUGCCAUCGUAUGCGGCAUUCUGCAACAAGCUUCCAUUCCCAUCUCUAACGCCAUUCAGUUUGAUCAACAAUGGACACCUGCUUACCUUCAACAAUGCUUCCAAUGGACCGAUCAUCUUUUCACAAUGCUUUACUCAACUGAAAAAGAGGCUUAUUAUCCUGAACCAGUAGAUGCUGUGCAAGCAAUAAAGUCAUUCCUCAAGCUACUUGAAGAAUAUGACGAAGCUGACAAUAACGACAAUAAAGAUGCUGAGAAUAACAAAUGGAUUGGUAAUCUCAUCCAUGCAAGAGGACUAUUACCUUCGGAAGACGAGUUGCGAGACCCUUCUGUGGCAUUACGGAGAAGGUUGCUUAGAAACCCUGGGUUAUCUGAUACUGCAAGGAUGAUCAUUCUCUAUAAAUGUUCCGAUUGCAGCAGCAACUCAUUGUCACGGGUACAACCAGGCUCUUUGAGGGAUGAUACUUUGUCCAUAGUAAAUGAAAAUGCGAUGGAUGAACUUGUCGAGGGUAUUCGAUCUCAUUUCUUGAAGCUGGAAGAUAUGAAUCCUACAUUUUCAAUACAGUUGCAGGGACUAUCUAAAAAAACUAUCGACCGUAAGGCCAAAGCUCGCGUUAUUUUCCACAAGAUCACUAAUCAAUCCAGCUUUAUGAAUAUGGGCAAGAUUAUUCAUGGCCUACGUGAGUGUCUGGAUGUAGGUCCACGUUCAGAAUCAUUGGAGAUGAUCAACCAUCUAUUGGAGCUAACCACAUCUGUUAUUCAACAGCAAGAAGCUGGUACAAUCCCACAUGAUGCAAUCAACCCUCAUAGCCGUCAGAGCAACAUCUCAAGCGACUCUAGUACAAGCACUAAGAAUAAUCCUCAGCUGCGCGUUGACUGGAAAGAGUUUGAACAAGAGUUGAAGAAGCUGAGGCAGAUAGGCUCCUGAUGGAUCGGUAUCUGUCAUGUCUAGAAACAAAGCCACCCAUGUGCCUGACUUUUUUUAAAUGCUUGAUAAAAAGUUUAAUUGUCGUCAAUCCAUUCGUCAUUCUUUUUUGGAAAC